UGGUUUGAUCGUAUUCGAAAGGAAAAAUAAUGUUAAAGAAACUGUCGUUCCAUUCGUUUAUAUUCCAAAAAUAUACGAAAUGGGUAUGUAGUGGGUGGUUGUUCAAUUGGUAAGGUGUGUGGUAUGUGCUGUUUUUCGUAUAUAUAUCCUCUCUCCACCCUUUCCACGCAGGACUAUUAUAAAUAACAUAUACAUUUAUAAAAAAGGAACAUUGAAAGAAAGUACCUCCGCGUAUUAAUAAUUACCACUGUCGCUUCAUUUUAUAUGUGUUACAUACACGAUUGAGGUACAUUCGGGUCGGGGGUGUUUAGUUUGUUCCGUUUUUUCCAGAUAAAAAAUUAAUUUUUUGAGUAAAAAUGCAAUAAAACCGAAAAGAUACACCCGCUUGGAGCCAGACUACACAGAGAUAAAACAAAUUUGAAAUGAAUUUUUCACCCUUUGGAAGCCCUUUUCCGGGCUCAAUACCGGGUAUCCAUCAGUUUGCUGCAUCCGGAGCACUGACAUCAAGCGCUACGUCGGUACAGGACACUGCCAACCGAUAUCACAGCACUAACGUGAAUAUGCCUCACUUUAACCAGACACAUGCACCUAUUCUCAGUAAAUUUCGGUCCGACGACUCAAUCAAUUCAAAUAUGAAUAAGUACAACGGCCACACGAAUCAAUAUACCACUCCCUAUACCCAACAAUCCGAGGACAAUAAACGAUCUAUUACAACGUAUCCACAAUCUUCCGUGACGACAACAACCACAGCUCAAACAACGUCUCAGCCGCCAGAAAUAUCUCAGGAUUUAUGCAAUGCAAUAUUACAACAGCAAAACGAUGCCAAAAGGGUUCUGCAAAAUGUUAACACUGGCUGGCAAUCGUUGACGGCAGACUACUUAUCACAUUUACCAGCAAGUACUCUGCCACUGUCACUCCAUCAUUUUUUAAAGUAUUCCGCGGAAAGUAUAAAAAAGGAAGCACAAAAUCCACUAACGACAAUUGACAUGUCCCAUGCCCAAAAUUCAAGCCAAAGUUUAAACUUAAAUUCACUUAGUGCUGGCCUAAUAUCGAAUGCCAAUAUUUUGAAUCAGCCCCAGCCUCCGCAAAACCAACAUCAACAGAACCAGCAUCAGCAACAACACCAACAGAACCAACCUCAGCAACAACAGCAGCAGCAGCAGCAACAACAAAAUCACCAACAGCAACAGACCCAGCCGAACGGAAUUUCAAAUUCAGCUACUAAUUCAACGACUGUUACUAAAAAGAAGAAAAAGAAAAAGCCACCAAAGGAAAAGAAGCCGCGACCGAAACCAGGAGAAAUAAGAUUGACUACAGCGUUAGAUGGGAGUACACUAUUUUGUUGUCCGGAAUGUCAAAUGGCUUAUCCUGAACGAGGACUAUUGGAACAACAUUUGGUAGGGCAUAAUCUGGAGCGGCGAUUCAUUUGCGAUAUUUGCAAUGCAGCUCUGAAACGAAAGGAUCACUUGACUCGACACAAGCAGAGUCACAAUCCAGAACGUCCAUUUGUUUGUACGAUUUGCUUGAAAGCCUUUAAGCGGAAGGAGCAACUUACCUUACAUUUUGUAAUUCAUUCGGGAGAGAAACGGCACGUGUGCAAUGAGUGCGGAAAAGGUUUUUAUCGUAAAGAUCACUUGCGAAAACAUACACGUUCGCAUAUUGCUCGACGUGUAAAGGCCGAGCUAAGCCAGCAAAAUCAAACGCCGACUGUAGUCCAGAAUGUUCCGCAACAGCCAAAUCAAACUCAGGUGCAAAAUCAGGUUCAUCAGCAGCAACAAAUACAACACAAUCAGCUGCAGCAAAUUCAGCAUCACAACAUUUCGCAACUAAAUCAGCACCAGUCUCCACCACAGCAUCAAUCAAUGAUGGCAUAAAAUAAUUCGUUCUUUCCAAGUGAAAAUGCUAUGGAAAUGGGCAAAUGGUGUCGCAUGUUUUUAAAAGUAGUCGGUCAUCCUUCGACCUAAGUAUCUAAUCCACACUCUCGACCUUUUACCACAAUUGACUACGUGUCUUACCUGGGUCAACUCUAUCCCCCAUUUUCUGUGAAAUGGGUUAAAUGAUUAUUUCAGCCUCAUAUCACUUAUUUUUGUCGAGAGUCGUUGUGAAUCUCUAAACUAACUCUAAAUAAAUUAUGUGAAGGAUUAUACCUUACUAGAAUCAGGUUUAUUCGGAACUUUCGGAGUUUUCAGAAUCAUAAUUCCCAAAAUUAGGCCCGACUUCCAAGCGUUCUUUGUGCAACUUCCCGUAAAACUAUAUGUAACAGUUUCCUAACGAAAUGAUGAGUUAAUUUACUCGUUGCUAAUGAAGCAAUACAAGCUAUUUUCAAAAGAGACAAGGUCACUAGCAAUAAUGUCGAAUCAAUAGUGCAAUACCGGGAAUAAUUUGGUUUUUGUUAACUUGAAUACUUUCCAUCACCAUCGAUACAAUAGCAGAUUGUCAGCAGAUUGAAACACAUAAUCUAUUACUUCGUUGACUUACAUACACUUUCCUAUGUAAGGACAACAUUACCCAGAGCUCAUCGAUUAUUUUUGUCGUCGCUGUUCACAACAUAGUUGACAUAGCCGAGUGGAAUUUCCAUACGUUGCAACCAUUCCUUGUAGCAAAAGAAAAGAAAAGAAAUGAAUUGAACUAAAAUCAUUUGAUGGAAAAAUCUGGACAAUUAACGAAGCUGAAUUGAAAUAAAAGUACAAAACUUGACUCACGGUAAACAAAUGAACGAUAAAAUAUAAAAUUAAGAACUUAAACAAAAUACUACAAUGUACUCAAUUUGAACUUGAUUACCGCGUAUUCCGACAUUUGAUGAAACCAAAAAGAAAACUGCAACAAAACAAAUGAAACAGAAUAUUUGAAUGCAAAAGAUUGAAGUGUAGCUAUAAGAAUAAUGUGUAAUCUAUAUUAUAUAUGAAUGAGAAGAGAUUAAAAUUUUUAAUUUGGAAUAUUCUUUGUAAUAAUCAAUUAAUCAAUAAAAAAAAUAUUAUAUUUUUUAGGCUUAGUAUGGGAAUUUUUGUAAAAAAACAAACAAACUAUAAAACGUGUAAUGUAAUUUUAUCUCGAGAGUAAUUCAUGAAUAUUUUUUUAACCAUUCAGCAAUGAUAAAUGUGAUUUUAAUUUUGUUUUUAUCUUAAUUUUAAUUUAUUUAUGAAAAUAUUG